AGUGUCUGAUAGAGGAAGAGGAUAGAGGGAGAAAGGGAGUGUCUGAUUGAGAAAGAGGAUAGAGAGAGUGAGGCAGUUCCACAAGCAGACGACAGAAGCGGAUUGAUCUCUCUCGCGCUAUAUUCGGUCUUGUCUACCGGGAGAUGCUCGAGCGUUCCUGAUUUUUCCGCUCUAACCACCGCUAAUUCCCGUUAGAGCUCGUUACCUCCACUGUACUGUUUUCGGUAGUUUGAGGGGGGUAAAUCGCGUGUCGUCUGUCUGGGAACAUAAGGCUAACCAGCGCUGCAGCUCAUCUGGAUCAGAACCUCACGACUAGAACCACCAGGUCUCCGGUAAAACGAUGGAGGACUUGGACCUUCCCCAGAUGAAGAGAGAGGUGGAGAGUCUUCAGUACCAGCUGGCCAUCAACAGAGAGAAAUCCUCCAUCACUGUUACUGAGCUGGUGAAAUGGAUCGAGGGGUGUGUGUGUGACGACCCAUUCCUGAACCCAGAGCUGAUGAGGGCCAACCCCUGGGUGGAGAAAGGCAAAUGUGUGAUCCUCUAACGGACACACACACACGGAUACACACACACACACACACACACGGAUACACACACACACACACACCGACACAGACACACAUUGAGAAACACACACGGAUACACACACCAAGUUGUCCCGUCCUAUUUAUUUGUCCAUGUCUAUGGUUUUAGUUGAAAGUCGCCCCCUUCCUGUGAGCAACAUGUCCUACAUUGAAAGUAGUCCCCUUCCUGUGAGCAACAUGUCCUACAUUGAAAGUAGUCCCCUUCCUGUCAGCAACAUGUCCUACAUUGAAAGUAGUCCCCUUCCUGUGAGCAACAUGUCCUACAUUGAAAGUAGUCCCCUUCCUGUCAGCAACAUGUCCUACAUUGAAAGUAGUCCCCUUCCUGUCAGCAACAUGUCCUACAUUGAAAGUAGUCCCCUUCCUGUGCGCAACAUGUCCUACAUUGAAAAUAGUCCCCUUCCUGUGAGCAACAUGUCCUACAUUGAAAGUAGUCCCCUUCCUGUCAGCAACAUGUCCUACAUUGAAAGCAGCUUUGCAGAGUUCAUCUCAGAGCUUUGUUAAAGAACG